ACCCCCAUGGGCUGGCCACCCCUCUAUUUAUAUAGGAGACACCCCCAUGGCUUCUUCUUGUGCUGCAGCAUUCCUGGUGGUCAGACGCCCAUGCCUUAACGGUCAGAACAUGCGCGCCAACAGCUCACUCUCGUCCAAUGGUCGAAUCGGAUUCAUCUGGUGGUUUUUACUCGGUGACCACUAGAUAACUACUGUGUCAUCUAGAGAGCUUCAAAAUUUUGUAUUUAAGCACUGAAAAAUCCAGUACUAACCACUAGAUAAAGCGCUCCCUGCUUUUAAUGUCAACAGAAGCUCCCGCGCUGUUGUUCCUACCUAGCAGUUUGACCGGCCAAGCCGUGUGGUUAGACCGGCCUCUUGUUAGUGGCCCUUGGCCCAAAUAGUAGUGCCUCUUCAUCUGGUGCUCAUGCAUCAGCGAGUUUCAGAGAAAGCUUAUGUUCAAAAAAAGGUUCGGAGAAAGCGCCCCGCCUUCAUUCAGACGGGCUGCUUCUCGUGCACACAUUGUGCUCGCGAUUAGAUCAGGCCUAGCCCACGGUCUAACUACUAGGGCCUCCUAAUUUGGCCCAAGUCAUAGCCCAAGGGCUUUCACAUUUGGACCAAGUCAAUAUAUUGCACCUUAGUUUUUAACAUGGGUCUAUAAUAUUUAUUUGAUUUAAUAGAGUACAAAAUGGGCCAAACCCAAAAUUAAAUUUGUCAUGUUAAUAGUUGCUACAGUAUUUUUAAGACUUUCUACUAAACAUGGUUUUGUCCUAAUAUUAUUUUUCAGUCUUCACAUCAGAUGAGGUUGAGCCAAAUAGAAAAAGUUUGAUGACUAAAACGACCACUUUGACUAUCCAGAUAAAAUUCAGCCCAAAAAAUAUAGAUUUAGAACUGAUGCCAUCAUUUUAAUAGUUCAUAAGAUUAAAUCGAGCCUAAAUGUAAAGUUUUAGGACUAAAAUGGUAAUUUUGAAAGUUUGGGAAUGAAAUUGAAACUCAAGUGAUAAUUGAGGGACAAAAAUAAAUAUUUCACUAAUGGCUUUUGCUCAUGUUAUUUAGAGUCUACCGUACUGAUCAUAAAAUAUUUCUGAUUAUUUUUAGAAUUUCUAGGAUUUAUCUUAGGUUCGGUUCAACCGAACUGCUUUUUAUAGUUGCUACACAGCUACAGCCACAAGUAGUGCAGCGGAGCGGAGCACUCCCUUUGUUUAGUGUGUCAUCUGUAUUAAUUUGAACGCUCCAAAGAAGAAUAUUACCUAAUGCAAGCACCAUUUCCAUGCUUCUUUAUACUUAAGCAGAACGAAGUGUUUAUGCUUAUGUUGAAAGCUGAUCCUCAAGAUGCAAGCUCUAUCGCUGUUAUCCACAAUGAAGUCGAGGCCAAAGUGACAAUAUCAACAAGGGAGGAUAUCAAGUCACUGACUCUAACAUACACAGGCAACACUUCCCUAGUGGCUAUCCUCAUCACCACUAUUACCUUUGCAGCUGCUUUCACAUUGCCUGGAGGUUAUAGCACUGAUCCUGGAGACGAGGGGCUUCCCACCAUGGCAAGGAAGUUUGCAUUUAAGGCAUUCUUGAUCUCAGAUACCAUGGCAAUGUGCUCCUCACUUGCUGUUGCCUUUAUAUGCAUCAUAGCAAGGUGGGGGGAUCUUGAGUUCUUGCUUUACUACAGAUCUUUUACCAAGAAGCACAUGUGGUUUGCAUACAUGGCAACCACCACAGCAUUCGCAACUGGUUUAUACACAGUUCUGUCUACUCGUCUCCUAUGGCUAGCUGUUGCGGUCUGCGCUCUGACGUCUUUACUGCCCAUUCUUACAAAGCUUCUUGGUGAAUGGCCCAUCUUGCGACUGAGAUUUCGGUUAGGACGGGCUUUCAAAUCAGAUCUCCUCAAUAUGUCUAGAUUCAUCACCUUCAGUUACUGGUUCCAGUUGUGUUCCUGUUUUUAUGUUGAAAACAUAAGGAUACAAUAUAUGUUGCAAGAUUUAAUUGUUGCCAAACAACACUUUUGUUCUAAUAAUGUAGAAUCCCUUAAUAAAGGCAGAACUAUGUAA